GGCAAGACGAACCUGGCUGACAUCACCGUUGCGCGUUGCUCGUGCUGCCAUAGAUCCGUAGGCAUCUCCUCCCUCCCUCAGCCUUUUGGAACAGCCUGUGUGUAUUCACUGCACUUAAUCAAGGAGCGCGCGAGGCAGGAGGCGGACGGAGGGCGUGAACUAAAGAGGAACGGAGAACGGGAACACCACCAGAGCGCGGGACAGCACAGAGAGAGAAAGAGAUACCCAUCCAGAUACAUUUUAUUUUCUCUCUGAACCGCUCCUCAAUCACACUUUCUCCCGGCUUUCGGGACUGUCAGAUUCGACAUCGAGGGUUUAUUAUCAUUAACCUGAUCCAAACCUGCGGGCUUUUUCCAAACUCCGAACCCUUUAGCCUUUCACCAGUGAUGUCCAAGGAACAACCGACCAAAUCGGGGCUACGGGUGGUACACCAGAAGGCUAUGGCUUCACUAGGCAACAUGGAUUGCCUUGCUCGUUUCUCGCCGGAUUGUGCACCAAUAGAAUGAAGCUGGUUUGGGUUAAACGCAGAGUGCAGAGAUGUCGGUGCCGUUGUUGAAGAUCGGCGUUGUGCUGAGCACCAUGGCGAUGAUCACGAACUGGAUGUCGCAGACUCUGCCCUCUCUAGUUGGGCUCAACACCACCAAGCUCACCGCGGAGAGGGCAGGCUACCCGGACAGGAGCACCGGAGUGUUGCCAGCGAACCCAGAGGAGUCAUGGCAGGUGUACAGUUCAGCCCAGGACAGUGAGGGGAGGUGUGUGUGCACUGUGGUGGCACCGCAGCAGUCCAUGUGUUCACGAGACGCCCGCACCAAACAGCUGAGGCAGCUACUGGAGAAGGUCCAGAACAUGACCCAGUCCAUCCAGGUGCUGGACCAGCGGACCCAGAGAGACCUGCAGUACGUGGAGAAGAUGGAGGUGCAGCUGAGAGGUCUGGAGACUAAGUUCAGACAGGUGGAGGAGAACCACAAGCAGAACAUCGCCAAGCAAUACAAGGCCAUAAAAUCGAAAAUGGAGGAGAUUAGGCCGUUGAUACCAGUGUUGGAGGAGUACAAAGCCGAUGCCAAAUUGGUAUUGCAGUUUAAGGAGGAGGUCCAGAACCUGACGUCAGUUCUAAGCGAGCUCCAGGAGGAGAUGGGAGCCUAUGACUACGAGGAACUCCACAACCGAGUGUCAGGUCUUGAGGAGAGACUCCGAGCAUGCAUGCAAAAAUUAGCGUGUGGGAAGUUGACGGGCAUCAGUGAUCCUGUCACCAUCAAGACGUCUGGAUCCCGGUUCGGAUCCUGGAUGACUGACCCUGCGGCACCAGAAGGAGAUACCAGGGUGUGGUACAUGGACGGUUACCACAACAACCGCUUCGUGCGGGAGUACAAGUCCAUGGCGGACUUCAUGACGACGGACAACUUCACGUCUCACCGCCUCCCCCACCCGUGGUCCGGGACGGGUCAGGUGGUCUACAACGGCUCCAUUUACUUCAACAAAUUCCAGAGCCACAUCAUCAUCAAGUUUGACUUCAAGACCUCCGCCAUUAGCAAGUCACGCCAGCUGGACAACGCCGGCUACAACAACAUGUAUCACUAUGCCUGGGGCGGCCACUCCGACAUCGACCUCAUGGUGGACGAGGGUGGGCUCUGGGCUGUCUAUGCCACCAAUCAGAACGCUGGAAACAUCGUCAUCAGCAAGCUCAACCCCAGCACGCUUCAGAUCAUCAAGAGCUGGACCACCAACCACCCCAAGAGGAGUGCCGGUGAAGCCUUCAUGAUCUGUGGUACUCUCUAUGUUACCAACGGUUACUCUGGAGGGACCAAGGUGUACUACGCCUACAGCACUAACUCCUCCACGUACGAGUACAUAGACAUCGCCUUCCAGAACAAGUACUCCCAUAUCUCCAUGCUUGACUACAACCCUCGGGACCGUGCGCUCUACGCAUGGAACAAUGGACACCAGGUUCUGUACAAUGUCACACUGUUCCAUGUCAUCAGCUCACAGGAAUUGUAACUAUGGAGACAGUACUAUUUACAAUAUACUAUAUAGAGAAUAGAGAGAGAGAUCAUCCUAUAUUUGAAUAUACUGUAUAUCUAGAAGAGAAAGACUUUAUGGAAAGAGCGGCAUAUGUAGUAUGUAAUAUCAUAAGACUGUCUUUAGAGAGAUUACAUCAACCAUGACUGGAACUAUAACGUGAAUUAAUGUGCACAUCGAUUGAAAUUAAAAAGAGAACUGUUUACUAAAAAGGAAGGGAACAUGAUACAUCUAGAGUUCAAAACUAUAUAUUGGACUGAAAAUAACAGAUGCCAAAAAAAUAUCACGCCUUUCUUUUUAAAAUAAUGGCUAGUAACCAUCAUGGAAGAUUGUCUCUGCGGCUCUGGGUCUGUCUCUGGAAGUACUGUCAGGAAGUACCUCCCUUCUCUCUCCUGGACUUUACUCUAUGGGGAUCAUUGGGGUCCUAGCAAAGGACUAUGGGAUUGGUUAUAAACUGUUUGCCAACCAGGACCCCCCAUUGGCCCCCAGACAGAGAGAGAGAGAACCUUGCCCUUUGGACAGAUAAGGGGUAAAAUUGGGAGAACUGGGACAUUAUUUGGAGAAUGGUGGGGUGAACCAGCAUAUGGUGUGCAGAAGACCACAGAGCCUACAACCACCGUCUGUCACACACACACACACACACACACACACACACACACACACACACACACACACACACACACACACACACACACACACACACACACACACACACACACACACACACACACACACACACACACACACACACACACACACACACACACACACACACACACACACACACACACACACACAUUCUAUCCCUGUUAUCCCUUCAGUAGCAAAUAAAGAAGUCUGUAAACAAGUUAACAACAACAUCAUCAACAUCCAUGAGAAGACCUGGGCCUGUGUUCACAAAUUGUCUCAGAGUAGGAAUACUGAUUUAGGAUCAGGUUCCCCCUCUUAUUCAUUAUGAUUUAAAGGGCAAGUCGGAUCCGAGAUCAGCACUCCUACCCUGAGACGAUUUUUGAAUACGCUCCCUGAAGGCACUGACUGUUGGGGCACACUGUUGUACUGUACGAGAAGUAGGUCGGUAUUCAAUCAAAGCUGUGUAGUAGCGCGCUUGACAUUUAAAAGGAAUUUCCAAUUGAGUCAAUAUCAGCAGCGUUUUCAGUGAAUACAAUCUCUGCAAACGCGGGAACAUUGGCUUUAAAAGCCGUGUUGUCAACUGCCCCACAGCGUGCCUCUUGGAUUGCAUCCGUCUAAAGACUUUCCUGUUGUUUGUGACUCUGUGUAAAACAGCCUUGAUUUGCAUGAGUGUUUUUUACCAUUCUGGUCUGCUACCUUCUGAAUGUCUUUUUGCUAUAUGAUGCUGUACCUAUAAAAGAGAGGGAUGUGGGGGGGUUGGUUGCAAAAAUGUUUGCUUUUUCACUUGUUUGUUUUUAGAACGUUUAUUUUUCCAGUCGGAGGCUUUUUUUAAUGUUCUUGUAUCACCCCCUUGCUGUUGGCACCGGCUUUGCUUCUCUGUCUAUGUUUAGUUGGACCGUGUGGGAGGAACCUAUCUCAUAUCCAGCUUAUUUCUUUCAGAAGAGUACAAAACAAUAGAAUAUAUAAGUAAUGUAUCCUGGAGACCUGGGUUCAGUUCUCUCUUCAACUGAAUUAUCAUCACCCUAUUCUGUUAACUAAAGUAUCCCUUUUAGUUGAGGGUAAUGCUGUUAAAUGUAUCUCCCCCUCCCACUCAGCUAGCAAAGGAUAAUGCUGUUUAAAAUGUUUUUUAAAAACCUUGCAGAGGACAAUGGCUUUUCACUCUUUUUGUGCUUUUGCUGGAUGUGUGUUGUACCUGAGAUGAGAUAGUUAAUGAUUUGUGUCAAUAAACAGAGAAUCUUUGUUCUAAUCUCA